AUGGAGAAGAUUAAUGAGAAGGGAAUUGUAUGUGUAACUGGUGGAACAGGUUAUGUAACAUCUUGGUUGAUAAUGAGGCUACUUCAAUCUGGCUAUUAUGUUAAUACCACAAUUAAUAAUAACAUGGAUGAAGAAAGAGCAAGUUUUUUGAAGAAAUUACCAAAUGCAUCACAAAAACUUAAAAUUUUCACAACAAAUCAUGAAGAUCAUGCAAGCUAUAAUCCAGCAAUUGAAGGGUGCAAUGGUGUCAUAAUUGGUCACUCUGUUGAUUUCGAGGAUAAAUACGACGAUGAGGAGAGGAAAAUUCAACGAUCCAUCGAUGGAAUUUUAGGCAUUUUGAAGGCAUGUUUAGAUUCGAAAACAAUAAAACGAGUCAUAUAUACUUCAAGUGAUGGUACAAUUGGUUUUAUUGAAGGGGGUCCAAAUGUAGUAGAUGAAAGUUUUUGGAGUGAUAUAGAUUUUAUCAAAAAGAUGAAUCCUUUAGGGGCUUUUUAUUGUAUAAGUAAGACUUUAAUAGAAAAAGAAGCACUAAAUUUUGCACACAAAAAUGGAUUGGAUCUUGUGUGUGUUAAUCAUGCUUGGGUUUUUGGCCCAUUUGUUACUCCUCAAUGCCCAAUAAUUGUUCUUCACAACAUGGCCAUGAUUCUAGGUAAUUGGACAAAUAUAGAAUAUGAUUCUGGCGUUAUCGCAUUGGUCCACGUGGAUGAUGUUGCUCGAACUCACAUAUUUCUUUUGGAAUCUACUAAAGUUAAAGGGAGUUGUUUGAAGGUGACAAAAGCAUUUAAGUGUCCUUGCCCUUGUUCGAAAAAAUUGUUGGAUGUAGGUUUCAAAUACAAGUACAGUCUUGAAGAUAUGUAUGAUGGAGCCAUUGCUUCUUGCAAACAAAUUGGUUUACUCUAG